AACUCCAGGACAGGAAAUGGCGACGGCGGGGAGCCGGACCUCGUCGUCGGGAAUGUAUGAGUCGAAUAACGGCACAAACGUUGGAAGUGGUCCUCAGGGAAACUCAAGCACUCCUGGUCUUCCAAGAUGUCCCGGUAAGGCGAAGAGUAGUGCCGGGGAAACCUCGCAAUGGAGACGUAAAGAGCUACUGAAAGUCCGAAGUGUGGAUCUGGAUAAGCCUGAGUCGGUGCUCCUGUCUCCCGAGACUGGGACUGCCCCGAUAUCAGUGCAGCUGCACUUGUCUAUAUCCUCGCCUGGUGUGGUGCAGGCUACUUUAUUAGAUCAAACUCACUACAUUCAGCAGAGCAACUCACUAACCGAUCACCCUGUCUCAGAUAAAACAAGUACUAGUUUGUCUACAGACGCUCAGGAAUUGUUGAACACUUAUUUAAAAAACUGCAGCGACCAUCUCAAUCCCGAUAAUGGUGCUACCCGAACUUCAAUAGAAGUGAGCGCACCACAAAAUAGUUGCGACAUGGAGAGUAAAGACACCCUGCGAGGCCUGCAGAAGAUUGAGGACCGCCCUGAGGAGAGGAUGAUCCGGGAGAAACUCAAAGCUACCUGCAUGCCCAACUGGAAGCACGAAUGGCUGGAGAGACGCAGUAGGAGGGGCCCCGUGGUGGUGAAGCCCGUUCCCCUGCGACCUGACGGGAGCGAGGCAGGUUGCAAGGGGGCCGAGGAUGAAUCCAACACGCUCACCAACGCUUCCCCCCAGCAGAUCGGUGGCCUCCGCAGCCCCUCCCCUGGACACCCCUCUUCCUCCUCCUCCUCUUCCUCUGGCAGAGCCUGCGGGAAGCCUGAGUCCCCAGGGGUGCACAGGAAGAGGGCCUCGCCCGUGCCAUUUCAGAGUGGCAGGGUGACCCCCCCUCGCCGGGUGCCCUCCCCAGAUGGAUUCUCCCCCUACAGUCCCGAGGAGACAAGUCGCCGUGUCAACAAGGUCAUGAGGGCCCGCCUCUACUUACUGCAGCAGAUAGGCCCAAACUCCUUCCUGAUUGGAGGAGACAGCGCUGACAACAAAUACAGGGUGUUCAUUGGCCCACAGACCUGUAGCUGUGGCCGAGGGGCAUUCUGUAUCCACGUCCUAUUUGUCAUGCUCAGAGUCUUCCAGCUGGAGCCCUCAGACCCCCUGCUCUGGAGGAAAAGCCUCAAAAACUUUGAGGUGGAGAGCUUGUUCCAGAAGUAUCACAAUCGCCGCAGCUCGCGCAUCAAUGCGCCAUCGCGCAACACCAUCCAGAAGUUUGUGUUGCGCAUGUCUAACCCCCACACAUCCUGUCCAUCCAGCACCUCCAGCACCUCCAGCAAAGAGAGCAGUAGUCUGAAGGAUGAGGAGGAGCAGAUGUGUCCUAUCUGUCUGUUGGACAUGCUGGACGAGGAGAGUCUGACUGUGUGUGAGGAGGGCUGCAGGAACAAACUGCACCACCACUGCAUGUCCAUCUGGGCUGAGGAAUGCCGGCAGAACCACGAGACGCUCAUUUGCCCCCUCUGUAGAACCAAGUGGAAGUCACAUGAUUUUUACAGCAGCCAUGACCCCUCCUCUGUCUCUAUUGAGAACGCUGCAGCGGUGGGUCAUCCCCAGGUGUCAUCAUCGUCCCACAGCGAGGGGGACUCCAGAGGCUGGUCAUCGUCCCAGGAUGGGGACUUCACCCUGCCCCAAUUCGGGGUCCAGCAGGUCCCCCAGACCUACAAAGAACUGGCCGAGCCCUGGAUCAAGGUGUUUGGCAUGGAGGUGGUGGGCUGCCUGUUCUCCAGGAACUGGAACAUCCGGGAGAUGGCCCUGCGGCGGCUGUUGCACGACGUCAGUGGCGCGCUCCUCCUGGCCAAUGGCGAGCACUCCUGCCCAGGGGCCGGGGCGGGCUGUACAGAGGUGUCAGGUGAUGUGGUGUUGGAGUCAUGCUGCAGCGUCCUCUCCAUGGUGUGUGCUGACCCUGUCUACAAGGUCUACGUGGCCGCACUGAAAACCUUGCGGGCCAUGCUGGUGUACACGCCCUGCCACUCGGUGUCUGAGCGCUCACGGCUGCAGCAGCUGCUCCGGCCCGUGGUGGAGACUAUCCUUGUCAAAUGUGCCGACGCCAACAGUCGUACCAGUCAGCUGUCAGUGUCAACACUACUGGAGCUGUGUAAAGCCCAAAUAGGAGAGCUGGCCGUGGGCAGAGAGAUCCUCAAAGCAGGGUCCAUCGGUAUUGGCGGGGUGGACUAUGUCCUGAACUGCAUCCUGGGGCCCCAGACGGAGGCCAAUAACUGGCAGGCCCUGAUGGGCCGCCUUUGUCUGAUUGACAGGCUCCUGCUAGAGUUCCCCGCCGAGUUCUACCCCCACAUAGUUUCCGGAGGGGACUGCCACCAGUCUCAGACCCUGGGGGAGAGGUAUCAGAAGCUGCUUCCCUUGCUGAGCUUCGCGCUGCAGUCCACCGACAACUCCCACUCCAUGGUGGGUAAGUUGUCUCGCCGCAUUUUCCUGAGUGCCGCGCGCAUGGUGGCCCGAGUGCCGCAUGUCUUCGUCAAACUUCUGGACAUGCUUAGCAUCAUCAGCUCCACACACUACGCCCACAUGCGCCACCACUUGCUCGCUAUCGCAGAGGAGAUGGACAUCCUGGACACCCUCAAUCUGAGCCUGGAGAUCAUGGAGUACAGCACCAGUGAGGCACAUGAACUGGUCAGCGCCGCCUUCCUGAAGCCCUCCGCACCUCAGAACUCACCCAACAUGACCGAGAGCAACACACCAACGCAUACGAUUCAACUAGCCAGUGGAAAGGGAGGGAGAAGUUGCUUUGGCAAGGUAGAGGCAGGUCCUGAGGAUAUAACUGAGAGGUUAGCGGCCAUUUCGACUAGCACCUGGCAUCCCGAUAUGGCUUCCGCGUGCAGUGGGGCCCAUGCCGGGCACCGAAAGCUCCCUGUUCGGGCACGUAACUGCCUCCUCAGCCAGUUUCUGAACUCCUCUUCCAGCCAAGCCCCUAGCCUCCCCUCGCCCUCCACCUCCUUCCAGGGCCCUGACAGCAAUCCCAAACCCCGACCCCAGAGUUUCAGCCCCAGCAAGCUGGCAUCUUCUUCCUCCUCCUGCUCCCCUGGCGCCCAGUGCAUAUUCCACCAGCAGAAGCCCUGUAGCAGCAAGGACCCUGAGAAGCAGCUCCCCUCCCCCUGCUUCACCCAGGAUAGACACGUCCCCUCCAGCCAGAUCCACAGACCAAAGCCCUCCCGAUCCACCACCCCCGAGGGGCCCAAGGUCCUCUGCACCCCGCCCACCCCAAGAGUCUCUAAGCUGGACCUCCAGUGGGAGUCGACCAGCCUUUCUACUAGCACCUCCGGAGGCGAAGGCCUCUCCACAGGGGGCCACAUGGGGGGAGCCACCACCCUUACCACCAGCGAGGACAGCUGCUUCACCCCCAUGGAGGAGAAGUUAUGCGCCUUGAACGCCUCAGGGGAGCUCAAUUCCUCCAUGGAAGACCUACAGGAAACCUCAAUAUCGGCAGCUGGCGAUGCCACCACCGUCACCUUCCAGUCGGAGGUGGCCGUGCUAUCGCCAGAGCAAGUCGGGGACAUGCCAGGGGGAGGGGGGGCUGUGGGGACGUACAGUGAGGACAUGACGCAGCACCAGAAGUGCAAGGAGAAGAUGGAGGCGGAGGAAGAAGAGGCGCUGGCCGUGGUCAUGGCCAUGUCGGAGUCACAGGAUGCGCUGCCCAUCAUCCCGCAGCUACAGGUGGACAAGGACCAGGACUGCAUCAUCGUCCAGGCAGAUACCCCAGAGACUCUGACUGGCCUUACCAAAGCAAAGCAGCCCUACAGGGAGGGCCACGAGUGGCUAAAGGGCCAGCAGAUUGGCUUGGGGGCCUUCUCCUCCUGCUACCAGGCCCAGGACAUGGGCACUGGCACCUUGCUGGCAGUCAAACAGGUGACGUAUGUGAGGAACACAUCGUCGGAGCAGGAGGAGGUGGUGGAGGCUCUGAGGGAGGAGAUCCGGAUGAUGGCCCACCUCAACCACCCCAACAUAAUCCGCAUGCUGGGGGCCACCUGCGAGAAGAGCAACUACAACCUGAUGGUAGAGUGGAUGGCAGGUGGGAGUGUGUCCCAUCUCCUUAACAAGUAUGGGGCCUUCAAGGAGGUUGUGAUCAUCAACUACACGGGGCAGCUGCUCCGAGGCCUGGCCUACCUCCAUGAGAAUCAGAUCAUCCACAGAGACAUCAAAGGUGCCAACCUGCUGAUUGACAGCACAGGUCAGAGGCUGCGUAUAGCCGACUUUGGGGCUGCUGCCAGACUGGCCUCUAAGGGCACUGGAGCAGGGGAGUUCCAAGGCCAACUCCUGGGAACCAUCGCCUUCAUGGCCCCCGAGGUGCUACGUGGACAGCAGUAUGGCCGGAGCUGUGAUGUGUGGAGUGUGGGCUGUACCAUCAUCGAGAUGUCGUGUGCCAAGCCCCCCUGGAACGCAGAGAAACACUCCAACCAUCUGGCCCUCAUAUUCAAGAUUGCGAGUGCCACCUGUGCACCCUCCAUCCCUCCCCAGCUGACUGCGGGCCUGAGGGACGUCACCCUGCGCUGCCUGGAGCUGCAGCCCACGGACCGUCCCCCCUCCAGGGAACUCCUCAAGCACCCCAUCUUCCGUCUCAACUGGUAGUCCCCAACAUCCUCCCCCAGUCCACUACCCUCCCUAUCCCAAAGCGUCCGUACGGUAAUACUACUGAAGGCCUAGCCAAGCCUGCUUUCUCUCCUCCUCUAAACGCUUCCAAUCAGACCAACCUCCCUAACUGCUGCCAUUACCACCUUCCUUGCACCCCAGACCCUCCCCAGUCAAGAGUGGAGGGCCUGGGAUGGACAGUAGUAUCUGGGCCCUCCUCUCUCCCUCCCUUCUACUAUGGCCUCAAACUGCUGUAUCUUAGCACAAAAUGCAAAAAGCAAGUCGCAAAAUUUCUACUACGAAAAUGGUGCAUUCUUAGUCACAGGGCCAUGUUGGUAUACUGUAGUCUGUAUUGCUCUUCAAGGCUUUGUUCUGGUAAUGAAAUGGUUCCUUAAGCACUUCCGUAGCCAUUUUGCAGUGCCGCAAAGGUUUCAAGAAGUUAUUCCCAUUUUAACCCGUGAGUCAAAAAUAAGUCCUUAGAACCACAAAUGGAAGACGAUGGAGUAAAGAUUUUUAUCACUUAUGUAUCGUCUGGUCAUAAGUCUCAGAAGAAAAUCAUAAUGAAGCGGUUUAAUCGGUUGAUUUUGUGCAUAACUGCGUUUCUACAAAGAUGCCGUUAAAAUGUGCAUUUUACUGUUGGGCCAUCAAGCUUAGUCGAAUAAUCAUGAAGAUCACUUAAGUGUUUCAGGGAUUACUGACAUAUCUAACAGAAACUUUGCUAGUUUGGCAAGCUUAACACUGAAUGUGAACGCUUAUGAUGCCGGUAUUUGUCUGAACUGUUUUUUUGUUUUUAAGAUUUUGUUUUUAAGACAUGAAAAGACAUAAAAAGUUUUAGAACACCUACUCAUUCAAGGGUUUUUCUUUAUUUUUAGUAUUUUCUGCAUUGUAGAAUAAUAGUGAAGACAUCAACACUAUGAAAUGACACGUAUGGAAUCAUGUAGGAAACAAAAAAGUGUUAAACGAAUCAAAAUAUAUUUUCUUCAAAUAGCCACCCUUUGACUUGAUGACAGCUUUGCACACUCUUGGCAUUCUAUCAACCAGCUUCAUGAGAUGAUCACCUGGAAUGCAUUUCAAUUAACAGGUGUACAUUGUUAAAAGUUAAUUUGUGGAAUUUCUUUCCUUCUUAAUAUGUUUGAGCCAAUCAGUUGUGUUGUGACAAGGUAGGGGUGGUAUACAGAAGAUAGCCCUAUUUGGUAAAAGACUAAAUCCAUAUUAUGCCAAGAAUAGCUCAAAUAAGAAAUUAGAAACAACAGUCCAUCAUUACUUUAAAACAUGAAGGUCAGUCAAGCCGGAAAAUGUCAAGAACUUUGAAAGUUUCUUCAAGUGCAGUCGCAAAAAACAUCAAGCACUAUGAUGAAACUGGCUCUCAUGAGGACCGCCACAGGAAAGGAAGACCCAGAGUUACCUCUGCUGCAGAGGAUAAGUUCAUUAGAGUUAUUAGCCUUGUUGCCCAAAUAAGACUCAUCUCAUCUCAACAUCAAGUGUUCAGAGGAGACUGUGUGAAUCAGGCCUUCAUGGUCAAAUUCCUGGAAAGAAACCAUUACUAAAGAACACCAAUAACAAGAAGACACACAAGCAAUGAACAUUAGACCAGUGGAAAUCUGUCCUUUAGUCUGAUAAAUCUGAGAUUUUUGGUUCCAACCGCCAUGUCUUUGUGUGACGCAGAGUAGGUGAGCGGAUGAUCUCCGCAUGUGCGGUUCCCACCGUGAAGCAUGGAGGAGGUGGUGUGAUGGCGUGGGGGGUGUGGGGGGUGCUUUGGCCAGUGACACUGUCAGUGAUUUAUUUAGAAUUUAAGACACACUUAACCAGCAUGGCUACAACAGCAUUCUGCAGCAAUACGCCAUCCCAUCUGGUUUGUGCUUAGUGGGACUAUAAAUUGUUUUACAACAGAACAAUGACCCAACACACCUCCAGGCUGUGCAAGGGCUUUUGACCAAGAAGGGGGUUGAGGGAGUGCUGCAACCCAAUUGACAUGGUUUGGGAAGAGUUGGACCCUGGAGUGAAGGAAAAGCAGCCAACAAGGGCUCAGCAUAUGUGGGAACUCCUUCAAGACUGUUGGAAAAGCAUUCCAUGUGAAGCUGGUUGAGAGAAUGCCAAGAGUGUGCAAAGCUGUCAUCAAGGCAAAGGUUAGCUACUUUGAAGAAUCUGAAAUAUAAAAUAUAUUUUGAUUUGUUUAACAAUGUUUAGGUUACUACAUGAUUCCAUAUGUGUUAUUUCAUAGUUUU